GCACAAAGGCGCCCUUUUCCCCUCCUCCCCACCCACCCGCCCCUAUUUUGGGUCGCCACCGGACAGGCGAUUCGGCCGCAAGCUGCCUUUGCUGAUCCGCAUGAGCUCUGGCUGCCUUGAUCGUCAGGUAAAAAGAAGUAACAAAAUGAGCCACAUGGAAGAGAACUUUAGCCCAGAGGAGGCUCGAUCACAGCUCGUGACCAAACGUAAACUCCUUAAGAUGUUAAGCUUAAGUCCUGGACACAGUCAGUCUCGUGGAGCUGAAGUGAGGGAGAAGAAAAUUCCAUCAAUGACGUGGCCAGUGAAACCCGUUCAGACCAUCAAGAAACGCAAAGUCUUUUUGGUUCAUCGGGGGACUCAGACAGAAGAGAUCCCUGACAUUUGCAUUGAGUGCGGGAAAGUCUUCAUCCAGAACUCCAGCCUUGUUAGUCAGUGGCCAGUGCAGCCGGAGGAUAAGCCACACAAGUGCUCUGAAUGUGGGAAAAGCUUUACAGUCCGCUCCAGCCUGAACCGGCACCAGAGAAUCCACACAGGGGAGAAGCCUUAUAUAUGUCUCGACUGUGGCAAACGGUUCAAUGACAAAUCCAACCUCACCCAGCACCAGCGAAUCCACACAGGCGAGAAGCCCUACGAGUGUAUCGACUGUGGCAAAAGUUACAGCCGCAGCUCGCACAAGAAGAAACACCUGAAGGACUCAGUGGAAGAACAAAUGGAGACUUGCGCCUCAGGGGAGGAUGGCGCCGACGCUAGCAGUGGUGGUGGUGAGAAACCGAAACCAAAGCAGAAGCCGGAGGUGCUGAAUACCUGCACAGAAUGUUUGCGGAGCUUCAGUCACAAUGCCGACCUUAUCAAACACAUGCGCAUCCACACAGGGGAGAAGCCCUAUAAGUGCAACAUCUGUGAGAAAAGCUUCAAUGUCAGCUCCAACCUCUUCAGACACCAGAGAAUCCACACGGGCGAGAAGCCAUACGUAUGCUCUGAGUGUGGGAAUUGCUUCACUGACAAAUCCACCCUGGUUCAGCACCACCGGAUCCACACUGGAGAGAAGCCUUAUGCGUGCCGGUUUUGUGGCAAAUGUUUCAGUCACAGUUCCCACCACAAGAGACACGAGAAGAUUCACAACAGAGAAAAUCCCUUGUUUGCUUAUCCCGUCCCAUUGUUUUAACAGGUUGUUCUCAUGGUGUGGGAGGGAGCAGGGGGCGGGUGAGGGACUGUACGCCUCGAGGAGCUUACUGUUUUGAAGGAUGCAGAAACUACCAGUCUGAUUGAUAGGAGACCACCAAAAGACUCAUCCAUGACUCAGUAGAACUACUGGAUGUCAGUGUGUUACGUCUACACUAUCUUUAAUGA